ACUGCAUCACUUGUAUAUCUUUUACUUUCUACCCACUCUCCCGCAAGCCCCAACUCUUUUUUAUUUCUUGUUUCAUAUAAUUUCGUUGCUGAUCUAAAAUGGCGGGUCGGGGCAAAACUCUCGGAUCCGGAGCCUCGAAGAAGGCGACAUCGAGGAGUAGCAAGGCUGGGCUUCAAUUUCCGGUGGGUCGUAUAGCUCGGUUCCUUAAGGCUGGGAAAUAUGCUGAACGAGUCGGCGCCGGAGCUCCGGUUUACCUUGCCGCUGUUCUUGAAUAUCUUGCCGCUGAGGUUCUUGAGCUUGCCGGAAAUGCAGCGAGAGACAACAAGAAAACCCGAAUUGUGCCACGCCAUAUUCAGCUAGCCGUAAGGAACGAUGAAGAGCUAAGCAAAUUACUUGGAGAUGUCACGAUUGCCAACGGUGGUGUGAUGCCCAACAUCCACAAUCUCCUCCUUCCUAAGAAAGCUGGAACUUCCUCAAAAGCAUCUGGAGGUGAUGAAGAUUAGAUUAUGUCAACAGUUUAGACUCAUAAAACCCUAAGGGAAUCCCCUAAUUUAUCUCCCUCUGUUUACGUGAUUCUUAGAUUGAAACCAUCAUGGGUAUUAGCUUUGAAUGUUGUUUCACUUAGUUCUUUAUUUGUUAAGUUUGUAGUUUAUUGAUAGUGUUUAGUUAGUAGGUAGCUUUAGGGGUUUUUGGUUGAAUGUGAAUAGAAUGAAUCAUCAAGCAUUAUCUUCUACUUUAUAGAAGGGUUGUGAUCCAUUUUUGUCAUUUUAUUGUUCAAUCAUUCAUUAAUGAAAUGAAUGCAACACUAGAGUUUCAA